AGUCAGCAGCCCACAGAGCAGCUCCAGGCUGGAUCUACGCUGAGCAGCGGAAGGACCAGACCACAGCGUUAAGGAUGGAGUAAAGCCAGAAGUCUGGGGCCGAAUCCCUGAGCUUUCCAUGCCCUUUGCUUCUCCGAGAGCCUGAUCAGGUACCUUACCAUGAACUCUCCUUCAGGGCCACGAGUCCCUUCAAGCCUAACUCGUGAUCCCAGCUUUACAGCCAGCCCUGCCCUACAUGGCAUUUGGAACAGCACUCAGAAUGUCUCUGCAGGAGCCCGGCUUCUAUCUGCUAGCCCCACGGCAUCUGGACCUCGGGCUGCUGCCUGGGCCCCCUUCCCCACAGUUGAUGUCCCAGACCAUGCUCACUACACCCUGGGCACAGUCAUCCUGCUGGUGGGGCUCACAGGGAUGCUGGGCAAUCUGACAGUCAUCUACACCUUCUGCAGGAACAGAAGCCUGCGGACACCAGCGAACAUGUUCAUUAUCAACCUCGCAGUCAGCGACUUCCUCAUGUCAUUCACCCAGGCCCCGGUCUUCUUUGCCAGCAGCCUCUACAAGAAAUGGCUCUUUGGGGAGGCAGGUUGCGAGUUCUACGCCUUCUGUGGGGCUGUCUUUGGCAUCACUUCCAUGAUCACCCUGACAGCCAUCGCCCUGGACCGCUACCUGGUGAUCACACGUCCACUGGCCACCCUCGGGAUAGGCUCCAAAAGACGAACGGCGCUUAUCCUGCUCGGUGUCUGGCUGUACGCCUUGGCCUGGAGUCUGCCGCCCUUCUUCGGCUGGAGUGCCUACGUUCCUGAGGGGCUGCUGACAUCCUGCUCCUGGGACUACAUGACCUUCACACCCCGGGUGCGUGCCUACACCAUGCUGCUCUUCUGCUUCGUCUUCUUCCUCCCCCUGCUCGUCAUCAUCGGCUGCUACAUCUUCAUCUUCAAGGCCAUCCGAGAGACAGGCCGGGCCUUCGAGGGCUGCGGUGAGUCUUCUCUGCGGCGGCGGCAGUGGCAGCGGCUGCAGAGUGAGUGGAAAAUGGCCAAGGUCGCACUGAUCGUCAUCCUCUUCUUCGUGUUAUCCUGGGCUCCCUACUCCACGGUGGCCCUGGUGGCCUUUGCUGGGUACUCGCACAUCCUGACGCCCUACAUGAACUCAGUGCCAGCUGUCAUCGCCAAGGCUUCUGCCAUCCACAACCCCAUCAUUUAUGCCAUCACUCACCCCAAGUACAGGGUGGCCAUUGCCCAGCACCUGCCCUGCCUUGGCGUGCUCCUUGGAGUGUCAGGCCAGCGCAGCCAUCCCUCCCUCAGCUACCGAUCUACCCACCGUUCCACACUGAGCAGCCAGUCCUCUGACUUCAGCUGGAUCUCCGGACGGAAGCGUCAAGAGUCCCUGGGUUCUGAGAGUGAGGUGGGCUGGACAGACACAGAAGCAACAGCUGCGUGGGGAGCUGCCCCGCGAACAAGUGGACUAUCCUUCUGCAGUCAGGACCUGGAAUAUGGGGAAGUCAAGGCCCCUUCCAGUCCCCAGACCAAGAGACACCUCCCCAGCCUGGACCUCAGGAUGUAGUAUGCCCACUGCCCCCCGGCCCUCCACUUUCUUCUGGUACUUGCCCAGCCCCAUCACCUCCCUGUCACACUCACAGACCCAGGAUUAUCUCACAAGCCCGGAAUUCUGAAGGUGUUCCUGUCACUUGUGCUACACUGGACACUCAUCUCCGACUCCUUUCCACACCAUAACACUCCUGCCUUGAAGCCCAGUCUGCUCAGCUCAGCAGGCACACCUGGACUCUGCCCGAAGCGUGGACCUCUUGCCUCACUUCCAGCGGCUACUGCUGCUCCUCAGAUUCUGUAUGCUGCAAUUGUCCGGGCAGUGACAAUAGCGACGGCACUGGGGAACACAGCAUUUGUUUAUGAGCCAAGCAUCUUGGCCAGCCUAUGUCACAGCUUAUCGGUUCAGAAAGACAAUCCCUGCAUGCCCUGCCACCAGUGGUCAAAAGCCGAGCACAGACUUUACUAGAAAGAAAUGCUUCCUUAACUCAAGCUCUCCCGUAGCAUUCACACUGUGACCCACGCUCACAUGUACAGGGGCGCUGGCAGGCACAUAGGUACCUACUUGCAUGCACACUGAGCACACGCAUGCACACCCUGCCCUUACUGUUUGUUUCAUGUCAGUGGUCUAAAUUCCAUCCAGAUGUGAACCUGACAGGACACAGGAAAAUAAAAAACAGGGUCUCUU